AUGUCGAACUCCCUCGACCAACCUCCAUCUCUGUCUGGCCCCUCAGUCAAUCCAGCCAGCCGGCCCUGCAGCGAUAAGAAUCGUCGCGCCUCCAAAGCAUGUUCCGGGUGCCGCACCCGCAAGGUCCGCUGUGACGUCCUGCAGACCGGCCGCCCCUGUACGAAGUGCCGCCUGGAUGGAUUCGAGUGCGUCCUGGAGCAGCGCAAGAAGCGGCGCAGGCGCAUAGUCGACUCCGCGCAGAACGGCUCCUCCGAAACAACGGCCGAUAAGCCGGCCAAGAUGGAUGUCACGGCUUCGGCGCGCUCCUCAUCCGCGCGGUCGCUUUCCCAGCACGCGAUGCUGCACCAGGUGCCGCACUAUCCAUUUUUCCGCGAAUUCGCGCCCCGUAGCCAGCAGCUCCUGCUGUCGGCACGGAAAGAAGAGGAGCAGGGAGAACAGAGGACAAUCGGGGAGAGCGGCGGCGAAGGGGAGAGGUUGGCGGACGAUGAUCUGCACUAUUUGAGGCAGAAAGGGGCGCUUGAGCUGCCGGCGAAGAGGACGAUGGACGAAUUGGUCGCCAACUACUUCCAGGUGUUCCACCCCUUCUUCCCCGUGGUGGAUAAGUAUGCCUUUUUGGAAAGUUACUACAGGACGGAUUAUGAGGGGAUUUUGAGUCGGAAAGGGCCAAGUUUGCUGCUGUUACAGGCUGUUCUCUUUACUUCGAGUGCGUAUUUAUAUGACUUUGACUUUGAGGGUGACGAUGUCACAACCAUCCAGGCUCUCUUAUUGAUGAGCCAUUACUACCCAUCCAUGGUCGAACAGAAACACACCUGGUUCUGGGUUCACCAAGCCAUCUCCCUUGCUCAAGGUGCCGGCCUUCACCGCGACGCCCGCCAAGCGCCCCAGCGCAAGCUCUGGGCUCGUAUCUGGUGGGCGUGCCUCGUGCGCGACCGGCUCGUCACGCUCGGCACCGGCCGCCCUAUGCAAAUCAACAGCUUGGACUGCAGCGUUCCGAUGCUGACACUGGCAGAUCUAGAUGAGGAGGGCGAUAGCGAGGACGGCCGUGCGGUCAAGGCGGUGUUCGUGGAGUUUGUGCGCCUAUGCCAGUACAUGGAGGGCGUGUUGUCUCUGCCACAUAGCGUGGCGGCGACUGAGGAGUCGGUGCAGCAGCAGAUUGGACUGUGUGAGACGACGUUGGCGCAUUGGAAGGAGAAUUUGGCGCCGUAUCACCGUGUCCUGGAGUAUGGUGGUGCACAGCUGCCAUCGCCGAAAGUCCAAGCAGCGGCCCAAGACUCAACUCGUCUAGCUGUCGAGCUGAUUGAGCUUGAUCUCGUCAAGUUCUGCCCGACAAUAUGUGUCACCGCCAUCCUACCACCACUGAUUGCCCAUCUCCUCAUAACGCGCGCGUCCCGCGACCAUCCGGGCAAGUCGGAGGACUUCAACAAGUGCAUAGUCUUUCUGAAGCAACUGGGCGAGAUAUACUGGCACGCAAGCUUCUACAAUGAGUUUUUUGAGCUCGCUGCUUCCAGCUCCCAGAACAUCACAGAGACGCUCAACGGUGCGCGAGAUCCCCUGGUUACGUUCCUGAAUGACCGCAUGCCGGGGAGGCAGCAGUUUUGUAAAGUGUUGGAAUCACAGAACCAGUCCAGAAUUCGAAGGCGGACGCUGGUGGAUAAUGCCGAAAAUGCGCAAUCCAAUAUGCUAGCCUCAGAUGAGGCCGGGCUGCCUGCACUGUCUAGCCCAUCGAUCAUGGCCGAAAUGCCUGACUCGGAGAGGCUUGAUAGUGGAGAUGUUACGUUGCUGGACCCUGGUGCCCAGCUGUUUGAGGACUGGUUGGUGGAUCUUGGCUCUUUCCACAACAUAUUCCCGUCUGCCUAA